UAAAGGUUCAUCAGUACCAAAACCCAGCAAAGUUCUCACAAAAGUGGUCAUCUUUUUCAUUCAUAUACAAGGCAAACACCAGACUCAAAUGGAUUCCUCUACUUCUCCGGGCAAAUUCAGAGUUCCAACAAUGGCGGGCCUGGUUUUUCCUAUUGAGGGAACGUCUCAAGAAAUAGCCGUCAAUGGGAAUGACCCACCGCCGGAAUUCUUUGUGAAAGAAAGUGCUUUUGGCCCCGUGGGUUCCUCUCCUCCAAUGAUUCCGAUUCCGGUCAUUGAUUUGAGUCUGCUCUCUUCAGAGACUGAACUGGAGAAGCUAAGAUCAGCUCUAACCUCAUGGGGUUGCUUCCAGGCAAUGGGUCAUGGGAUUUCUAGCUCAUUUCUUGACAAGGUGCGUGAAGCAGGGAAGGAAUUCUUUUCACUUCCAAUGGAAGAAAAGCAAAAGUGCUUAAGAGCAGCUUGUGAAGGUGAAGGGUUUGGGAGUGAUGUGGUGGUCUCAAAACAGCAAGUUCUUGACUGGUGCAAUCGCCUCUUUCUCAUGGUAUUCCCUGAAGAUAAAAGAAGGCUCAAUCUUUGGCCAGAAACUCCCAAUGAUUUUGGGGAGACUCUGAUUGAAUAUACAAUGAAGAUAAGGUCAGUAAUGGAUGUUGUCUUUAAGGCCACUGCUAGGUCAUUGAAAUUGGAAGAGGAUGUGUUCCUGAAGCAUUUUGGAGAAAAAACAGUGAUGCAAGCAAGAUUCAACUACUACCCACCUUGUCCAAGAUCUGAUAUGGUUCUUGGCCUCAAACCUCACUCAGAUAAAUCAGGAAUAACUGUGCUCUUGCCAGACCAAGAAGUUGAAGGUCUUCAAAUUUUCAAAAACAAUGAAUGGUCCAGAGUUCCCACCAUCCCUCAUGCCCUUAUUGUCAAUCUGGGUGACCAAAUGGAGAUUAUGACUAAUGGUAUAAUGAAGAGCCCACUGCACAGGGUGACAACAAACCCGGAAAAGAUGAGGGUGUCUGUAGCAAUGCUUAUUGAACCAGAUCCUGAGGAAGAGAUUGGACCAGCGGAUGGCUUGGUAGAUGAAGAAAGACCAAAACUUUACAAAACAAUGAAAAAUUAUGGUCAUUUGAACUAUGUCUGCUUUCAGAAAGGAGUAGUAGCUAUUAACGAAGUCAAAAUGUAACUAUGUCAUGUCUGUCACUUCCCCCAAAUAUUGAUGUCAAAGUUAAAUGGAAAACACAGACUCUAAUUUAGAGACACUUAAAUAAUAAAUAGCAUUGUGUUAGUGGAUCAGACAAUGUUACAAUUGAUAUCAGGACAAAUUGAAUGA